AAUGAAUCUUUUUUUAAAGUUUAAACGGUCUUUUAUUUUUUCCAGAGGGAGAGAACCAUGAUAGUCUAGGCCAGUGCUCUCCAAUAUCGCAUCCAUCAAAUGCUUGAACUGUCCUGUGAGUUUAAAUCACGUUUGAUUUUUGAAGAUUUAGUACCCACAAAAAAUAAUAUAGCUCAAUAAUUUUUUAGUAUCGCCUACAUGCUGAAGUGAUCACUUGUGGGGUAUAUUAUGUUAAACAAGAUACAUUAUUAAAAUUAAUUUAGCCUGUCUCUUUUUGUCUUCUUAACGUGGCUGCCAGAAAAAUUUAAAUUAAAGAUGUGGUUUACAUUACCUUUCCACCAGAAGGCACCGUUCUAAACUUAGAGAAAUUCCCUGCAAACUUGGUCUCACUUUUAUCUCCAGUUUUCAAGGUCACAGACACAAAGAGAGCUUUAAGACCUCUAGAGAGAGCAGACACGUGAAGGCAUGAAUAUGGGCGUUUCUCUGGGGGUAAACCGGUGUAGAAGCCUACCAAUGGGCGAGCCAUGUGAAUACGUGAGCAGACAUAUGAUGGUUUCUGGGAGUGUGUAUGAGUGUGGGGAAGUGAGCAGAUGUGUGGAUGAGAGUGAAUGUUUCCAAGUGUUCCUCUGUCUGGGGGCCCCGGGAGAGGGGACACCAUGUCCAGGGUUAGGUCAAGGGGUGCGUCUGGCCUCUGUCCCAGACAUGGGUGGAGCUCCAGUGGCUGGUCCCCUUGCCUCACAUCCGUUCCUUUCCUCCACAGGGCCUUGAAGAAGUAGAACUUCUUGGGGUGGAGCUGAGGGGUGGGACUGGGGCAGGGGGCAGGAAGAUGUGGGAAACCUAGGAAUCCUGCCUCCAAGUCCAGAUACCCCAAACCUAAAAGGCGGGACUCCCAGGGGGGCCAGAUUCUCUCUUGAGAGGGACAGGGGAUGAAGGUCAUAUGGGUAGACAAAUACAUAGUUUCCUGUAAAGUUUGUGACCAUCCCUUAAAAUUUUUGAAAUUUAUAUAUAUUGAGUCUAAUUGGUGUAUAAUGAUGUGUGCGAUUGAGGUAUACAGGUGAGGACUUGAUAUAUUUGUUUAUUACAACAUGAUGACCGUGUAGCAUUGACUAACAUUUCUGUUGCUGGUUCCUGAUUGUGGUGGUUCCUGUCUCUGGAUCUAUGGGCUUCUCCUGCUUGGCACUCCCGGGGACCUCUGGUCUCCUAAGACCCUCUUGAUCUGGGAUUUCCUCAUCUGCCAUGACACCUUCCGGUGGGUGGGGAUGUGUGUGGGCAAACUGGCAGACUGGGAACCAUGGAGUCUGAGGAAAUCUACACGAAGAAGAAGGUCAAGAUGCAGGCGGCAGCCUUCAAAGACAAGAAACAGAGGGCUCCAGCCAAUAAGGAAGGUGCAGAUAACCCUGACUAUGAGAAUAUCACCUUGACCUUCAGAAACCAGGACCAGCUGAAGGGCAGGCAUUCACCAUCCAAGGAUCAGCACAAGCAACCACCUGCCAACACACAUGGCGCAGCCUUGGGAGGGGCCCAUGUCCCCACCCUGUCUAGGCAGCCCUCAGACUCCGCCCAAGUCCCUCAUUGUCUGCGCAGAGCCCUUAUGAGCCUGCACACCAUUCUCAUCCUGUCCUGUGUCAUUCUCUUGGCAGUAGUCCUGGCAAAGAAUUCUGAGAUGUCCCAGGAGUUGCUGGUCUUGAAGAGGGAGCUCUGGAAUGUCUCCACCUUGGUGCGCGAGUGUCAAGAGGAGCAGAAUCAGGGCUGGAGCUCGGUCCAGCAGCUCGUCAUGGAGGCCAAGCAGGACGUUAAUGUGGUCAAGAGAGAUGUCCAGGCCGAGAGUGAUAAAGUGAAGACGCUAUCAGCAGGUGUCCUGGCAGACCUUCACUGGGCGGAAUUUGUCUCAUGCUGGGUGCUGGGGAACUGGGGGCGGGGGCAGCAGGGGUCCCACCCUCCCAGGGCACAGGGUUUUAAAGGCACGAUGGAUGUCACCCCCUGAGUCACUCAGCAGAUAUUUAAAUGCUGCUGGGAACACCAAGUACACAGGCCCCGCGGCACCCCAGACUGGGGGUCGGGCAGGGAGGAGACUUCCAAUAAAGGUGGGGGCCUUGUGGGGGACCCCACACCAGCUUUCUCCUGUCCUCUUGCCCCCAGACAUAAACCAAAUCAAGCAUAAGUUACAGGAAAUCUCCAAUGCACUGAAGAAGAGCCCAAGCU